AUGAGGUUAUCCAUGGUAUUCCCGGUUUUAUUCGCCUUGGGGGCGAUUUCAAAGACGCAUGUUCCAGCAGCGCACCCCAGAUACGAGUACAAUGGCCUCAUAAGGAGGCAGCUUGCUACGGGGAAGAUUUGCAGGUUUUUUCAGCACAAGUGUGAGCAUUUCUCGCUCUAUGGUCAUCUUGGAAUUCUAACCCUGCGAAGCUCUGCUCUUAAACGACAGUAUGCUAUACAUCGAUUUUGCGUACAUGACUCUCACAGUGGAUUCUUCUGGGAUCAAUCGAAAGACUUGGUUAGGUUCGCAUCCAUAUGUAUCUCCAUCUUCCCUCCGAAAGAGCAUAACUGACGAAGAACAUAGAGGCGCCGUUCUACACCGAUCUAUCCAAGGUAGAUAAGACACUCGAAUCCUCCAUUGCACAAGAAAACGAAACCGAUCCAUCUUUGCAAACAAAGUACCAGAACCCAGACAAAACAUGGAAAGUCCCCCCCAUAUUAGGGGGCGCGCUCUACUUUGCUGGCCAUCUAGGAGAAAAAAUAGUCAAGCGAGGCCCCAACCUCACCCUCUGGUCCCCAAGAAAUACGGCUAACAAUCCCUAGAUACGGUGGCCGUUACAGUGACUAUCGUACCUUCAACGUCAGCCACAGCGUUGGCAAGAAUGAGUGGUGGACACUGGAUAACGAAUCCAAGGAAUGGGCUACCAUUAAGCCCAGGGAUUCUGAGGGCCUUCUCCGUGCUGACGGUAUGGCCUCUAUAAACGUGCCAGCUCAAGGACUUGCCUUUUCUAUCGGCGGCUUGGUCAGCGGUUGGACAGACUCGACCUACAAAGAGUGGGACCUCGCGCCGGGAGGAAUGAUCGCGCUGAAUAGUAUGCUGAUAUACAAUACUCGUAAGCACGAAGUGAAGAAUGUGACCAUUUCACCAAUGCCGGCCCAAUGGGGAGGUGUUGUUGAGUAUAUCCCUAUUGGGAAGAAGGGGGUGUUGGUGCUUAUUGGGGGAUUCGAGUCGGAGAAGACCGCUAUCACGGCGAGUGAUAAUAGCCUGGUUUGUGCUUUAAUCCCUCUGGAUGGCAUGGCAAUGCUUACCCUCGACAGAAAGACAUGAACAAAAUCCACCUAUACGACAUCGAUUCGGGAGAGUGGCACACCCAAACCGCGAAUGGAUCAAUUCCUGAUAAGCGAGCUUUCGCCUGCGCCUCUGUCGCCUCUGCUCCGUUAUCCACCCCCCCCCCUUUUUUUUCCCAUUCCCUAUCUCUAAAAUCGCUAAUAUCCGCUCAGCGAUAACUCCUCUCACAACAUCUUCGUUCAUGGCGGCACCGACGGCCACUACAUCACCUACAGUGACACAUACAUCCUCUCCCUCCCAUCAUUUGAAUGGAUCAAAGCCGACUCAGGCUCCGACACGCAAAGCCGGCUAGGACACGACUGCCACAUGACCACCAAGCACAAAAUACUUGUAAUCGGCGGGCGUGGUCAUGACCAAGAUAUACCCGUCCCGCCAAAUUGGAGCAACGGCGAGUGCGACAAGUACCCUUUAUUAAACGUGUUCGACGUGAACACCUUGCGCUGGCAGGACUCUCGGGAUCCAAAGGACGGGAGCACAAAGUUUAAAGUUAAUAAAGUGAUCACGACCGUCAUCGGGGGGGAGUGCGUGUUCCUUUUUCCUUUUACUUCCCCUUCCCCACCUUCCCCCCCCCCCCUCCAUCUUGUUCCAGAAUUAGUUUAUAUGCUUACUAACGGGAUUGGGUGAUGAAGCGAGAAUGGUGGCGCAACCGUCAAAAAGCCCAAGGGCGGAUGGGACAACGGGGCUGUUAGGGAGCUGUUCGGGUAUGGGGGAUUGAUGCCGCUUUUAACGUCAGGGGCAAACCAUGGUGGACCGGCUGGUCAGGUAGAGAGAGAAAACAUAGGAACCAUAGGGUGGAUUGCUAUGGUUGCUAUUGCUGCUGCGAUGGUGGCUUGAAUAGACAGGGUUGUGGCGAAAUACGAGAUUAACGUCCAGUCUUAGUAUCAUACUUGUUCACGUUUUUUUCCUUCUUCCUCUUUCUACCUCUUGCCAGUAAUUUACACUAACGACGAGUUAUAAUGAU